AUGAAAAAUCACGAGGUCCGUCCCACUGGUACAACUCCAUUCCCAGAAGUAAAUGUGGCAAGGCACGACCACUAUAGAAAAAAUCAUGGUCACGGUCGUGCAUGCGCACUUGGUCGUGGUCGUAAUUAUGCUCAUGGUCUUGGUUUUGAUCGUGGUCGCAAUGGGAAUCAUAAAAACACAUAUUUCCACCCUAAGUGGAAAAAUAUUGAAAAGAAUGAAAAAGAGGGUCAGAGUAGCAAAACAAAUGAAAAUACUUGCUAUUGUUGUGGAGGAAAAGGUCAUUUGGAUCGCACUUAUCGUACUCCAAAACACCUUAUUGAUCUUUUUCAAAAAUCAUUGAAAAAUAAAAAGGAAAGGAUUGAGACUCAUUUUGCUAAUGAAGAUGAUGAUCUAGAUUACGGUAAUAUGGAUGUUACUCAUUUAGAUAUUGGUGACUUCUUUGGUGAUCUAGAUGGAAAAAUUGAUCACCUUAUUGAAGAUGGAAGUGUCAAAAAAUAA